AUGGCUGAUUUCAGACCAGUUUUCGUGGGCGCGGAGGACGGCUCCUACGGCAACUGCCUGGCCGUGCAGGCGGUCCAGGCCACGAGCGGCGCCGUGGCGAGCAGCGGCAUCGGAGACCUGGUGAAGCUCAUCAAGCAAGCCAAGAAGAGGAUACCGGCGGACCUGUUCAAGGACGGCGCCGGAGAUCAUGAGCUGCAGCCGGCCGUUUCGAGCGCAGGUGUUACCAGGUGGUACAAGACGCUGGUGGUGACGAGCUGGAGGAACCUGGGACUGGAGGCGGCGGAGAUGGGCGGCGGGAGGCCGGCAAGGGUGAUGUGGCAGGCGGAGCAGACCGUGGCGCCGGGCUGCGUCGUGUGCCCGCCCGGCAAGGGGAAGGGCAACGGCGUCAACGUCAUGGCGCUCUGCGUCAGGCCGGAGCAUGCCGGUGCUUUCCUCGCCGCCCUCCAAGCUUCUUAA